GUGAGUUUCUAAAUCUCGUUUCACUUUUCGUUUUGGCUUUCGCUUUGUUUGUGUCGGUUCACUUUUGGCUGGCUAUCAGCCCUAAUUUCAUUUUUCAAUAGGAGGUGCCAGAGUACUUACUUACUCAUUUCCACCAGAAGAAGAAGAAUAGGUUUCAUCUCGAAACCCUAAUUUAAGAUUUAUUAUAUCAAUUUUGGGAAAGAAUAUCAACAAAUGAUAAAGCUCUCGUGAUUUACAUCGUGGUUUCAGCUGAAGAAUUUCCUUUUCCAGUAUACUCUAGGUAUUCUUAAAUCUGGCUAUUAUGGACUAUGGUCUCUCCGACAGCAGUGGUUGCUACUGAAGGUGCGUGAGAAGAAUGUAUACAGCAACUGGCUGCAAAAGUUAGGCACUGGGGAUGAUCUUCCUCCGAAUAAUCAAAAUCGAGGUAGAAGAGUUGGUCGGGUGGCUGGCAAUGGCAGAUCUUCUAUAGCUGGUUCUGCUCCACACCCUAGAUUUUAUAACGACAUGGAGGCUCAAAUCCACCAUCUUGAGCAAGAUGCGUACAUCUCAAUUCUGAGGGCUUUUAAAGUGCAAUCUGAUGCCAUUUCUUGGGAAAAAGAAAGUUUAAUGACAGAACUUAGAAGAGAGUUGAGAGUAUCGGAUGAAGAACACAGGGAACUUCUAGGAAGGGUCAAUGCAGAUGACAUCGUUAUCAGGAUAAGGGAAUGGAGAAAAGCAGGACAUCAGCCUGGUAUGCUCACAACUGCUCAACCUACUCAUGAUGCAAUAGUCGCAACAUUCCGCAAGAAGCAAAAGAUAUCAAACUCAGUGCCUUCUCUAUCAUUGAAUCCACACAUGUUGGCUGCAUCGAUGCAGCCAACGUUAACCUCUGGAAAACGAGGUGUUGCGGUAGGAGCUAGGGGCAAGAAGCCUAAAUCAGGUCAGCCGUUACCUGGUGUAUCCUUAGUUAAGCCUGUGCAGUAUCCUUUAACUGGUCCAGCUGGAAGGGGAUUCCGUCCUAAUCGGGGUCUUUCUGGUGCACUUGUGACAAAUGGACGCGUGGGAGCUGGAAGUUCUGAUCCAUACAUUGGGCGGAAGGUGAUGACAAGGUGGCCCGAGGAUAACAACUUCUAUGAAGCUGUUAUAACUGAUUAUGAUCCUAUACAGGGCUUACAUGCUCUCGUGUAUGAUAUGCAUACAAAUGAUGAGGCAUUUGAAUGGGUUAAUCUCAAUGAGAUUUCCCCCGAAGACAUUAGGUGGGAGGGUGAGAACAUGGGAAUAUCUCGAAAAGGUGGUCGUGGAAUGAAGAAGUCCAUGGACCAUGAUGGUGUUGUGCCAUGGGAAGGGAGAGGGAGAGAGGACAGGAGUCAACCGGAGAAGGACCUUCUACCCUUACAAAAUACAAAUGGAAAGAAGAAUAUGGAUGAUAUUGAGAUGAUUCUCACAGAAACAGUAGUUAAGGAGGUGGAAAAGGUUUUCCUUUUGAGUCGCCCCGAUCCUCUUGAGAUUGAGAAGGCAAUGACGAUGCUGAAAAACCAAGAAAAAACAUUAAUUGAUACACUUGCAAGGAUUGCAGAUGCUUCUGAUGGGGAAAGUGAUGAUGGCAAACAUGCAAAUACUCAUGGGCCACCAAUGGGGAGGGAUCUGGUGUUGCCAAACAAACAACAUGAUAUCAGUGAAAAUGGGAUGAUGACUGAAGGAGAAGGCCGUGGUAUUUGUGAUAAUGGGCAUACUCUAGGUACAGGAAAUGAGAUGAUGACUGAGAUUGGUGAACGAGGAUUUGAGGCUAGAGUGGCAGCUUCCAAUAAUGAUGAGGAUGAUGAGAUGGUCAUCGUUGACGUCUAACGCUGUAAUCUAAUUUGCCAAGCUCCUUGAAUCCUUUCAAAUGUAAGUUUAAUUUAACUAAUCUGUGAGCUGGCAGGGACCGGACCAGAGUUUCCUGAGUAAAACUAGGAUUUAACUUGAUGUAAAGUAAUUUAGCAUCCAAGACGUUUUGAUCUUAUUCUUGUACAGAUGAGUUACGAAACUAGCCCUUCUGUAUCUUGAUGUUUUCCAGUGUUCACUCUGUUGUCGUUUUUGUUCUCCCUGGAACUAGAAAUAAAAUGAAAUUUAGUUUUCCUUUUCUCGUAA